UAUCUUUCUUCUUUCCACUGUAUUGUCAGUAAGUAGUACCAUUUUGGAAAGAAAAAAAAAAAAAAAAAAGGUUUUGAAUGGAGAGGGGCGAGGAUCCGAAUGUGAGGGGUGGCACUGGAAAGAGACAUGGUGGUGUUGCAGCGAAAGUGGAGCCAUUUGUGGCAAGAAGUGAGCACAGUCCGAGAGAGUUGAGGUCUUGGGCCAAGAGAACCGGUUUUGUGUCUGAUUACUCAGGGGAAGCAGGGACUAGUGCCAGUGAAAAGUUUGAGUCUUUAGAGAGGAAAGGAGGAGUGUUCUCUCCAAAGAUAGAGUUAGAUCCGGUUCUGGGGAGGACAAGACCCAACAGGGGCAAUGAGAUCGAACCAGCUUCCCAUGGAGGAGCCACCACGACUGAGAGAAAAGGGAAUGAGCCUGUUUUGGCUUUGGCUCCUGAUGGGGAGAAGAAGGUUGGUUUCAGAGGGAAUGUUAAUGGAAAUGCUAAUAGUAAUGGGCAUGGAAUCUCUGCAGUUGCUCCAGUUCCAGAGGAAAAGAAAGAGGAGGAGGAUGUGUUACGAGGAGAUGUCAAGGUCAAUCUGUAUCCUGAAGGGGAGGAACCUGCAGAUGGAGGGUGGCAUGGACCAUCCGAAUUGAAGUGCGGGCUCAAAGAAAAUCCUGGUUUUGUACUUCUCAUCUAUUAUGGCCUGCAACACUAUCUAUCAUUGGCUGGCUCACUUGUAUUGAUCCCAUUAGUCAUGGUACCAGCCAUGGGUGGAACAGAUAAGGAUACUGCUACCGUAAUUUCUACAGUGCUGUUUCUUUCUGGCAUGACAACUAUACUGCACUCCUACUUUGGUACUCGACUGCCUUUAGUUCAAGGGAGCUCGUUUGUGUAUUUAGCACCAGCAUUAGUUAUCAUAAAUGCUCAAGAAUAUCGGAAUCUUACAGAACAUAAAUUUAGGCACAUAAUGAGGGAACUCCAAGGAGCUAUAAUUAUUGGUUCAAUAUUCCAAUGCAUCCUGGGAUUUAGUGGUUUAAUGUCUAUUCUUCUCAGGUUAAUCAACCCAAUUGUGGUUGCCCCAACUGUUGCUGCUGUAGGUUUAGCAUUCUUCAGCUAUGGUUUUCCACAAGCUGGCACUUGCGUGGAAAUUAGCAUUCCCCAGAUAGCACUGGUUCUAAUAUUCACUCUGUAUCUUCGAAGAAUAUCUAUCUUUGGGCGCUACUUAUUUCGAAUUUAUGCCGUUCCCCUGAGUGUGACAAUAAUUUGGAUAUAUGCAUCCUUUUUAACUGCUGGGGGAGCAUAUAAUUACAAAGGAUGCAAUCCCAAUAUACCAAGUUCAAACAUUCUGAUGGAUGCAUGUAGAAAACAUGCAUAUACCAUGAAGCAUUGCAGGACCGAUGUUUCCAAUGCAUUGUCUACUGCUGCAUGGGUCAGAAUUCCUUACCCUCUACAGUGGGGUAUCCCUAUUUUCCAUUUUAGGACUUCCAUAAUCAUGGUCAUAGUGUCACUGGUUGCCUCUGUGGAUUCAGUUGGAACUUAUCGUACAACAUCUCUGCAAGUUAAUUUGAGGCCUCCAACUCCAGGGGUUGUGAGCCGAGGAAUUGCGCUGGAGGGUUUCUGUAGUAUAUUGGCUGGUCUGUGGGGUUCAGGUACUGGAUCAACGACUUUGACAGAAAACAUGCACACAAUUGAUAUCACAAAGGUGGCAAGUCGGAAGGUAGUGGAACUGGGAGCAGCUUUCUUGAUCCUGUUCUCAUUUGUAGGAAAAGUGGGUGCCCUUCUUGCUUCCAUUCCACAGGCCUUGGCAGCUUCUAUACUGUGUUUCAUGUGGGCUCUUACCGCGGCAUUAGGCCUCUCGACUUUACAGUAUAGUCAAUCAGCCAGCUUCAGGAACAUAACAAUAGUUGGCGUUUCAUUGUUCCUUGGUAUGUCCAUCCCUGCUUAUUUUCAACAAUACCAGCCUGAGUCCAGUCUGAUACUGCCCAGUUAUCUGGUUCCUUAUGCGGCAGCAUCAAGUGGUCCAUUCCAUUCAGGCAUUGAACAACUUGAUUUUGCAGUCAAUGCUCUUAUGUCCAUGAACAUGGUGGUUACACUGUUGGUGGCAUUUAUACUGGACAAUACUGUCCCGGGCAAUCAACAAGAACGAGGGGUGUAUAUAUGGUCACGAGCUGAAGACAUUGCCACUGAUCCCUCAAUGCAAUCCGAAUAUUCUCUGCCAAAGAAAGUUGCCCGUUGUUGCUGUUGGUUAAAAUGUUUGGGAAUCUAAUACUUGGUUCACUUACAUAUUUAAUCUUGGUAACCUUCGUUCUAGGAAAAGGUCACUCCUGGGAUAUGUCUAUUAAUCAUUGUUCUCUUCCACGGGCUUUCUUGGGGAAUAAAGCAUAAAACCGAAAGU